AUGGCGGUAGAAGCGAAGACGAGCGACUCCAUCCCGACUGUGUACGCUGAUGGCGGGGCGCUCGCGCCUAUUCCCGACGACGUGACCAUCCCCCAGUUCCUCUUUGACGGCCACCAUCCACUUGGCGGUCAAGCUCUCCAUCAACGCCCGCCAGCAUGGUUUAUCGAAGAUGCGACGGGUCGCGAGGUCACCGGCGACCAGGUGCGCGCACGCGUCUGGGGUCUCGCCAACGCCAUGAGCAUACGUUGGAAUAUUGGUGAUGGUGAUGUUGUAUGCGCAUACGGGCCAAAUCACAUCGAUUAUCCUGUUGUUAUAUGGGCAACGCACCGUGUUGGCGGUAUCUUCACAGGCGCUAACCCCGCAUAUACGGCCGACGAGCUCGUAUACCAGAUUCAAACCGCCAAGGCCACCGCGCUCUUCAUCCACCCAGACUCGCUUAAGGUCGGGCUCGAGGCCGCGCGCAUUGCUGGCAUCCCACUUGACCGUGUCGCGCUCUACGACACCCCGUCAGGUGGUCAACAUCUUACUGUCGACGAUUUGGUCCGGGAAGGGCUCGCACAGACGAAACGCUGGGUCGAGCCGGUCCUGAAGCCGGGCGAGGGCAAGACGAAGCUUGCGCUGCUGUUCUUCUCGAGCGGAACGACCGGUCGGCCAAAGGCGGUGAUGAUACCGCAUUACGCGAUUAUUGCGAACGUCGUGCAGAUGAAGCAAUAUGCGGAUAUACACGACGUCGGCACGCCCAUAGAGAAGCAGCGAUAUGCGCCUGGUGAUCGCGUGCUUGGAGUUCUGCCUUUCUAUCAUAUUUAUGGUGUCGUCGUUAGCUUGCACUACUUCAUGCUUUGCGGGGCUACCCUCGUCAUCGUGCAGCGCUUCAACCUGCGAAACGCACUGGACAGCAUCGUGAAGUACAAAGUCGCACAUCUGGCGCUCGUCCCGCCCAUGAUUGUCCUGCUAUGCAAAGACCCGAUAGUAAAGAAGUACGACCUCAGCGGCGUGAAGAUGACGACAAGCGGCGCGGCGCCGCUCAGCGCGGAGCUCACGAACCAGCUCGCGCGCGUGCUUCCAAACAGCGGGAUCGGGCAGGGCUACGGCAUGACCGAGACGUGCACGACCGUGUCCUUCCCGCAGCUGACGAUGCGCAUCGGGACGCCCGGGAGCGCGGGCGUGCUCAUCCCGGGCACGCAGGUGCGCAUCCUCAAGGCGGACAAUACGUGGGGCAAGCCUGGCGAGACGGGCCAGAUCGUGGUCACGGGCCCGAGCAUGGCGAUUGGGUACCUGAAUAACCCGGAGGCGACGGCGGAGACUUUCAAGGAUGGCUGGGUGUAUACCGGCGAUGAAGGGUACGUCAACGAGAAGAAGGAGCUGUACAUCGUGGACAGGAUCAAGGAACUUAUCAAGGUUCGCGGCUUCCAAGUCGCCCCUGCGGAACUAGAAGGCCUGCUGCUCGACCACCCCGACGUCGCCGACGUCUGUGUCAUCGGCGCGCCCGACGAGUACUCCGGCGAGCUCCCGUUCGCGUUCAUCACGCCCAAGGAGGAGACGCAGGCGCGCAUCUCCCGCGCUCCAACGGAGGAGCAGCGCGUGCGCGACGCGAUCACGGAGUACGUCACGAAGCACAAGACGCAGUACAAGUGGCUCGCGGGCGUGAUGUUCAUCGACGUGGUGCCGAAGAACCCGAGCGGGAAGCUCCUGCGGCGCCUCCUGCGCGACAAGCUGAAGGAGCUCAUGAAGGAGGGCAAGGUUACGAUCACCCCACCCGGCGCAAAGACGCGUGCGAAGCUCUGAGUCUUUGGGAUAUUCAUUGUCAUAGGGGACCGGGGUGUAUCUCAGACUCUAGGUGUGUCUUGACGCGCACAUAUUUCCUCGCCCUACGGAUGUCACUCUUGUACUAUAGGACUACUUGGAUUUGUGUAGAUUAGAGCGAUUGGAAAGCGUAUACUAUCAAUGGACGAGUCAUCGUCGCUUC